UGAAAUCCAGUCGAAUGGCUGUGCUAAGUUCGCUCUUCCUGCUCUUCAUGCUGGAGAAGUCGCAGAACUUGACCCAGCUGGAUGGACUUCUCGCGGAACCCACGAGGGAUUUGCCCCAACUGAAGCUUUGGCUGCGGGCGGGUGAACAGCAUCGGGAUGAGACGAAUCCUUACGUCCUGUGGUUCCUGCAGCGCUCCAAUAUCUCCCUGAGCAUCCACACAUACGAGGAGGAGGGUCACGAAUGGACGGACGACCGUUUUGGCCGGGAAAAUCUGGCUCUGGUGAUGAGUUUCGACCAACUCGUCUCCAAUCGCGGAGCAGCUGCACCCAGUCAGAGAGCUGGUGUUUUCUUCUACAUCUUGGCAGACCAAGUCGAAGACCUCCUCCUUGAGGACCAACUCCGUUUGGAGGAGAGCUGCCGGCAGUUGUGGAUACUGCACAAAAUCUACAACCGCUUCUUUCUGACCAGAGAUGGUGUUUGGAUCUACGAUCCUUUCAAGACUCGCGACUCCUCGUUCGGGCGAUUGGUCCGGUAUUUUGGCUCGGAGCCGUUGGACAAACUGCUUUUCCACGACAUGGCCGGCUAUCCCCUGCGGAUUCAGAUGUUCAAGUCCGUGUACACGCGUCCGGAGAUCGACAAGGACACGGGUUUGCUGACAGGAGUCACAGGAGCGGACUUCCUGGUGGCCCAGAUGCUCAGGGAGCGGAUGAACUUCACGAUGCUGCUGCAACAGCCCGAUAAAAACUAUUUCGGAGAGCGUUCUGCAAACGGCACCUACAAUGGUGCCAUCGGAUCGAUCAUCAACGACGGCCUGGACAUUUGCCUGACGGGAUUCUUCGUCAAGGACUACCUGGUGCAGCAGUACAUGGACUUCAGUGUGGCCGUCUACGACGACGAGUUGUGCAUCUACGUCCCGAAGGCGAGUCGGAUCCCCCAGUCGAUCCUCCCAAUCUUCGCAAUGGGUUAUGACAUGUGGCUGGGCUUCGUCCUGACUGCUUUUGCCUGUGCUCUGGUUUGGCUGACCCUCAGGAUGAUCAACCUGAAGCUGCGGAUCCAGAGUCCGGGCGAUCGCCAUCUGUUCGGACAGGCGUUGGCCAUCGUGGUGGACACCUGGGUGGUUUGGGUGCGGGUCAACUUGAGCCACCUGCCAGCGAGCUACGCGGAGCGAAUGUUCAUUGGUUCGCUCUGUUUGGUGAGCGUGAUCUACGGUGCCAUCAUCGAGUCCAGUCUGGCCACGGUGUACAUUCAUCCGCUUUACUAUAAGGACAUAAACACCAUGCAAGAGCUGGACGACAGCGGUCUGAGGGUGGUCUAUAAGUACUCCUCCAUGGCGGACGACCUCUUCUUCAGCGAGACAUCUCCGCUGUUCGCGAGUCUGAACAACAAGCUCUUGUGGAACCGCAAUCUGCGGGCGGAUGUCACCGAGGAGGUGGCCACGUACAGGAGCAAGGCCGGGGUGUCCAGGUACACCUCCCUGAUCCUCGAGUCAUCGCGUUUUAUCCUGCUGCGGCAGAUCUGGGUUGUUCCCGAGUGCCCCAAGUACUACACCAUCUCGUAUGUGAUGCCACGGGAUUCCCCUUGGGAGGAUGCGGUGAAUGCCCUGCUCCUCAGGAUGCUAAGCGCCGGCUUGAUCGUCAAGUGGAUUCACGACGAGAAGUCCACGGUCGACAUCAAGAUGCGGUCGAGCAUCUUAGAGGCGAAUGCGGAGUCUGAACUCGUGCGGGUUUUGACUAUCGGAGAUCUUCAGUUGGCCUUCUACGUGGUCGUCGGAGGAAAUCUCCUGGCCUUUCUUGGCUUUUUCCUGGAGCACUUCUGGCGGAAACGGUUUCCCCAAAAAACGGGGAAAUAAGUUAAAAGUUUUUAUAACUAUUAAUAGAAUUUAAAUUUUAUUUAU